AUGCUGAAGAUCCUCACUAAAAAGCUCAGGAACCAGAGUUUGAACGAAAUCCAGCCUUUCCAGCUAAAGAUCUCCUACCCCCCAAGUGAUGAGGACAGCGACGACUCUGAGGGAGAGAACCAGGAACUUGCUCAGAUCGACAGAGAGAGAAGACGGAAUUGUACCUUGACCCCUCUGGCCACCAACCAACUCCAGAACCAGGAGAACCAAUGCUGCAAGGUUCGGGCCCUCUUCCAUGCCAGCCUUGACCGCCACAGCUCAGAAGAGGAGCUGGAGCGCAUCAACCGAGAGUUCGCUGCUGAGAAGCGCAAGUGGUCCCAGGUCAGCAGGCUUGCCUGCUGCAGCGACAGCAACAACACCUCCUCCAGUGACGAAGAAGUGAAGAACUUGUGUGCCAUGUCCUUCCGGCCUGUGGCAGAACAGGCCGAUGGCCUCGCCAGCCCAAGCCCCGUGCUGUUCAGUGCCUCCCCUCCCAAGAGACUCCAGCCUCUGGUGCGGAGCACAGCCUCCAGACCUUUGAUCUUCACCAGUGUCGGGGCAGGCCUUGAGCAAGUCAUGCCUUGUAAGAGACAUCGACAAGGAUACGGGGAUAAGGUCAGCAGGCCCAGCCUUGACCUGGAAAAAAUGCAGCAGAAGAUGCUGCUCAAGAAGAAUUGUGGAGCGAAGACUAGAGUUAUUAAAAUUCAUAGCAUUAAUGGAGGCCGCCCACCGCCCCACUUUGUGUAUGAUCCAUCCACCUUUGCCUUCCGUUCACUCAGCACCUUGAAGCCGCUGAGCCCGAUAGCUCCAGUGGAAGAACCGUCAUGUGCCUACUGA